CGGUCACCUGUGUCGCACGUCCUCAGUCGCAAAGCGGCCGCGACGCGCGCCACCCGCUUCGCACUACGCGCGCAUAUUAUGACAGUGACGUGAUGGAACCCAAAGAGUACGGUGCGGUUCCCGGCUUGCCGGCCGGUCUGGACUAUUUUAUGAUGCCUCGAGUGACUCAACCUGCACCGCAGUUCGACUUCCGCAAGCUCGGCGCCAGCUUCAGCGGCCGAGAUGACGACAAGAGCGACGAGCGACGGUCACCCGAGUACCCGGCGGACAGGCGCGACCCGCCGCCGGCCCCGUGGCCCCUCGGCCUCGGUGUCCAGUUCGUCAACCCCGCUACUGGCAAGAAAAGAGUUCAGUGCAACGUCUGCCUUAAGACUUUCUGCGAUAAAGGCGCGCUAAAAAUUCAUUUUUCGGCGGUGCACCUGCGAGAGAUGCACAAGUGUACAGUGGAAGGAUGCACCAUGAUGUUCAGUUCGCGGCGUUCGAGAAACCGGCACAGUGCUAACCCGAAUCCGAAGUUACAUUCGCCGCACGUGAGACGCAAGAUAUCGGCACACGACGGUCGGUCCGCUCAGCCGUUCCCGCUGCUACCGGCUCUGGCGCGGCUGCCGAUACCUCCCCCCGGGCUGCUGCCGCCUGAGCUCGCUGCCCGUCUGCCGCCUCCGCUCACCGGGCCUCCAGGACCCACUUCACUACCUCCACGAGUGCCCCUCGACGACCUCCGCAACUUCAGUGAAAUUGAAAAAAUGUACAGAAAACUUCCACAUUCAGAUGAACAUCACCGUAGUGCACUAAAUCUUGCCAAACCUCAUGUUAUUCACGAAGAAGAGUCUAAUAAUUAUAGUGAAAUUCAUGAUGAUGCCUCCGAUGAUGAUCAUAAAGAUAGAGUAUCGGAGGAGGAACGGACUGCAUCUCCGAUUGUGGAAAGAUUAAACUACGAUGAUGAACCCGAAGAUUUGAGUGUGAAUAAAAACAAAGACGAUACCAAACCCGUUGUUGUGAAAUCUGAUAGUGUAAACAGUCGCGCUGACCCCACCGCCUCGGACGAUAAGACGUCGUCUCACGUUCCUAACAAACGUAAGAGGAAGAGCGGCAAUCCCACCCGGUGUUCACAAAGCAAUGAAUACAAUGUUUCCGAUGAAGAAUAUAAUGCAGAUUUAUUUAGAAACUUGUCAACACCCAGUUCGAGUCGUGCUGAGGAGGAACCUUUGUCGCUCAAGAAACAAAAGCCAGAAAAUACAGAGCCAUUUCAGAACAGUGAGGAAGCUACUGUGGACUCGGAAUCGGUGACGCGUGUUAAGGCCGAGAGUGAAUCGGAUGAUGAGUCGAGUGCCCCCAGCGUCGUCCGAGAAGGACUGAGAUUACGUUCCGAUCUGUAUACCCCGAGCGACAGCGGGAGUGACUUGCAUACUUUGGAAGAGCGCUUAGCGAGGGCGCGCUCCCCGUCAGCCAGCAGCGAUAGAACAGAUGACAGGUCAGAUAUCAACGACUUAGAAAUACCCAUAGACGACGAGAACCCCGACCGAUGUACCGCUUGCGGUAAGAUAUUUCAGAACCACUUCACGCUGCGCAUGCAUUACAGAAACGAUCAUUUGAAAUUACUUCACCCAUGCGAGGUGAACGGUUGUGACGCCGCCUUUCCAUCUCGGCGGAGUCGAGACAGACACAGCUCGAACGUUGACCUGCAUCGGCGGCUGUUGUCCACCGGCUCGCCAGACGGGCGGGAACAGAAGCCGGCAUUUGAAGUCAAUGCAGAACUCUUAAAUAAAUUAUAUGCAGACAUAAAAGGGCUCGCAUCAACACUAGAGAGCCUGCGAUACGGCGGUAACGAAGAGGCGUCUCAGCUUCCCAGUUACGUGACUGAAACGAUGAAGUUCUAUAGUCGGAAUUUGAGCGCGUUGCAAGCGGGGCUGUUUCCGCAGUUCAAUGAGCGGGGGUUUUUUCCGUCCCCUUUUCUGAUGGGUAACGGGGUGCCGCAGGCAGGAGGUCCGUACGGCGCUCCGGCGGGCGCGCAGUCGGCGCGGGAGUCGCUGUCGCCGCUGUCGGCGUCCUCGCCGCCGGUGCUGUCGCCGGGCCGGCUGGACGCGGCGCACGCGCGCCCGCGGGACGACGCGAACCUGCUUUUUCGCGAGACCUCGGAGUCGUUCAAGAAGAUGACGUCGCUGUGCGAGCGCCAGGAGCAGUUGUACCAGCACCACGUGCCGGUGUCAUGACGCGCCCGCCUGCCGCGCUCGCCCUGGUGAUACCUCACGUCUUAAAGCGACACAGACUCUCUAUAUUUAAUUGUUAAUAAUUUUAAUUGUGUUAAUUCUAUUUCGUAUUUCGUUUUUGUAUUUUCUUGUGAUAUUUAGACAAAUAUAUCGUAAUUAUCGAUCCCACGAACUGUAAGUUAAUAGGGAUAGCAGCUUUGGUGUUGAGUUGGCGUUUGUGAAGCGAAGUGCAAUACGGACUCGAAUAUUAUAAAUAUUAAUGGACUCGGCGUACGACAUGAUAUCGUGUAGAGUAUUCGUAAUUGAUGUUGAAAGUAAACGUUAUAUGAUCAGCUUCAUUUAUUGUUCUGCCGCAAUAAACUCAUUGAGGAAAAAAUAUACGAUUGUUUUUAUUUGUGUGG